ACAGAAGGGUGGGAGAGGGGAUGCGGGACGCUCAGAACUUGUGCGUGUCGGCACCGCGCACCAACCUCUCCACGUCCGGGAGCGCAAAGGAAAAUGUUGCGCCUUACCAACCACUGCAGCAGGUCCAUGGCUAGAAUCCGCUGUCAGUCAACGUCUUUUACCCACAGAAGACAACGCAAGGCGACAGGAACCGAUGCUCAGAGUCAUUUCACCGGGAGGGCUUUCGCUGUUCUCCUGCUGGUCCUUCUCGCUGCGCACGAGUGCUUCUCAUCCAAGUCAGAAGACAGACUUUUCCGAAGGUUAUUCCGGAGGUACAACCAGUUCAUCCGACCAGUGGAAAAUGUCUCUGAUCCAGUUACUGUGGAGUUUGAAGUGUCCAUAUCCCAACUUGUCAAAGUGGAUGAGGUCAAUCAAAUAAUGGAAACCAACUUAUGGCUGAGACACGUGUGGAACGACUACAAACUGAAAUGGACUCCAGCAGAGUAUGAUGGGAUUGAGUUCAUACGAGUUCCAUCUAAUAGGAUUUGGAGGCCUGAUAUUGUCUUAUACAACAAUGCUGUGGGGGAUUUUUUAGUGGCAGACAAGACAAAAGCUCUGUUGAAGUUUGAUGGCACAAUCACUUGGGUUCCUCCCGCCAUAUUCAAGUCCUCCUGCCCGAUGGACAUCACCUACUUCCCCUUUGACUACCAGAACUGCUCCAUGAAGUUUGGUUCUUGGACCUACGACAAGGCUAAGAUUGACUUGGUUCUCAUUGGCUCAAAGGUGAACCUAAAGGACUUCUGGGAAAGUGGGGAGUGGGAGAUUAUUGACGCUCCGGGAUACAAGCAUGACAUCAAGUAUAACUGCUGUGAGGAGAUCUACACUGACAUAACGUACUCUUUCUACAUCCGUCGCCUGCCUCUCUUCUACACUAUCAACCUCAUCAUUCCGUGCCUCCUCAUCUCCUUCCUCACCGUGCUGGUUUUUUACCUCCCAUCAGACUGUGGGGAGAAGGUCACCCUGUGCAUCUCGGUUCUGCUCUCCUUGACUGUGUUCCUGCUGGUCAUCACCGAGACGAUCCCAUCUACUUCACUCGUCAUCCCUCUGAUCGGAGAGUACCUUCUCUUUACCAUGAUAUUUGUAACUCUCAGCAUUGUCAUUACUGUCUUUGUGCUAAAUGUUCACUACCGCACCCCAAUGACUCACACAAUGCCAGACUGGGUAAGGUCUGUGUUCCUUGGGCUGCUGCCCAGAGUGAUGCUGAUGAGGCGACCCAUUGACCAGAGCUGCUCUUCACCUGCAAGAUGUACUGGAGGGACGACCAGAGCAGGAAUAACUGGAGGUAGCAAGAAAAGAAAGAACAGUGUUGGAGGAGGGAGCAGCUCGGGAAGUGUAAGCAUUGGUGGUAUCACUGGGGGCGUGGCUUGUGCAGCACUAGAUAGUGGAUCUGGAGGGGGUGGGGCCUCCUCAGCUGGUGGCUCAAUGAACUGUGUGGAGUAUGGUGACAUCAACCGGGACAUGACCAGGAGGUGCCCGUACAGAGGCAAAGAAGUACCAACACCUGUUCCCCCGCCAAGGGUACCCUCUCCGCAAGCACCUCAACCUCCAGGGCCUCCGGAGUCAGAGCUGCCUAAGGUCUCAAGGCCCCUUAAAGCUUCAUCACCUGUCAAUGCUGUUGUUGCAUUUUCUGUGGUGUCACCAGAGGUCAAGCAGGCCAUUGAGAGUGUGAAGUACAUCGCAGAAAACUUGAGGACACGUAACAAGGCUAAGGAGGUGGAAGAUGACUGGAAGUACGUAGCCAUGGUGAUUGACAGGAUUUUCCUGUGGGUUUUUGUGACAGUGUGUGUCCUGGGAACUGUGGGACUUUUCUUCCAGCCACUCAUCAGCUUCUUUAAAUGAACCCCUUGCCGAAUCUCUGCUUGUUCACCGUUUUCACUGUGCUUCACUUAGAUUACUUUGAGAAUUAUCCUCUCUUGCAGCUGUGUCAUACCAAACAAUAUCACUCUCCUUCACUUCUAACCUUUUCCCUCCUCAGUCUGUCCCUUCUCUUUUCUUUGUUCUUCAUUUCAUUCAAAACGUGUCAAAAGAUCUCAUUCUUUUUCAGUAUUUUUAAAAAAAUCUAAACUUUUAUGUGGCUUCCUUCUGUCUAUCACAAUUAUGGAAAAUUGAUGUCCCUACAUCUGCUUUGCUUUAUCCUUUAAUGUGUGGUGUGUUCAUGUGCCGUUGUUUACUUUUGUCAUUCCUUGUUCUUGUAUGCUUUUUUUAAAUAUCUGUUGUUUAAAAAUGUCAAAUAAUUUGCUAAAUAAUAUUAAACACAAAAACAUAACAACUUGAAGCAGCACUUUGUCAUUAUGACCAAGGCAAUAAAGACAUGACAUUGCUGAAAACCAUAGCACAAUAUGUUCUUUUAGUUGUAAAUUUCCCUAACAGUUUUUUUUGUAUCUCAGUAAUUGUGCUUUCUUGUAGUAGAAUACGGAAGAAAAACAUUGUUUUUGUGAUUUAUUGUAAAUACAAUACAUGUGUGUUAAGCAUGACUUUCCCAAAGGACAUAGACUCAGAUGGUACAGAUGUGCCACAAUAUAAAUAUGCACCUCUGGAACAUUUAGAACCUCAGUGGAAACUUAUAGAUGCACUUUGAACAGCACAAUUCCAAUUAAAGUUUGGAAAAAACUUGUAUCAA